GCGCCCCGCGAUCGCCUGCGCCCCGCGAUCGCCUGCGCCCCGCGAUCGCAAAACCGGGCCUAGUUUCGCAGAGGGGACGCCCGGGUCCCUGAGGCCGCGCCAGCCUGUGUCCCCGGCGCGCGCCCUGGGAGUGGCCGAUGAGCGCAGGCGGCCGCGCCUGACGCCCACCGAGGACUAGGAGGGAGCGAGCCGCGCCGACUUCGCCCGCAGACUCGCCAUGGGCCCGGUGCUGCGCAGGUGGCUGCUGCUGGGCGCCGUGACAGCGGGGCUCUUGGCCCACAGCGUCUUGGCGGGUGUGAAGAAGUUCGAUGUGCCCUGCGGAGGGAGAGACUGCAGCAGUGGCUGCCAGUGCUACCCCGAGAAGGGAGGCCGAGGUCAGCCCGGGCCAGUGGGUCCCCAAGGCUUCAGUGGGCCUCCAGGACUACAAGGAUUCCCAGGGCUCCAGGGCCGCAAAGGUGACAAGGGUGAACGAGGUGCUCCUGGGACACCGGGACCUAAAGGAGACGUGGGCCCAAGAGGCGUCUCUGGAUUCCCCGGGGCUGACGGGAUUCCGGGACACCCGGGCCAAGGUGGGCCCAGGGGGAGGCCUGGCUACGACGGCUGCAAUGGAACCAGGGGUGACACUGGCCCGCAGGGACCCUCAGGAUCGGGGGGCUUCCCUGGAGCACCUGGACCCCAAGGACCCAAAGGCCAGAAAGGUGAACCUUAUGCACUGCCUAAAGAAGAACGUGACAGAUACAGGGGUGAAACCGGAGAGCCUGGGCUGAUCGGCCCCAAGGGAUUUCCCGGCCACCCCGGACCUAUGGGACCGAUGGGUCCAGUGGGAGCCCCAGGCAGACCGGGACCCCCUGGACCCCCCGGGCCGAAAGGACAACCGGGCAACCGAGGACUUGGUUUUUAUGGAGAAAAGGGUGAAAAGGGCGACCAGGGCCUGCCGGGACCCAAUGGGAUCCCCUCUGACACCCUUCACCCCAUCGUGGCACCCACGGGCACAACCCUGCACCCCAGUAUGUACAAGGGUGAAAAGGGCACCCAAGGAGAACCUGGGCCACAGGGCAUCUCGUAUAAAGGAGAAGAAGGGAUCAUGGGCUUCCCAGGAACACGGGGGCCUCCCGGCCUGGAUGGAGAGAAGGGAUUCCCGGGGCAGAAGGGAAGCAGAGGCCUGGAUGGCUACCAAGGCCCCCACGGAGCCCCAGGACAAAAGGGAGAACAAGGGGAACCCGGCCCCCCAGGAUCACUUGCCUAUUCGCCUCAUCCUGCCCUGGCCAAAGGUAUCAGAGGCGACCCAGGAUUCCCAGGGGGUUAUGGGGAGCCAGGAAGCAGGGGCCCACCAGGAGACCCCGGUCCACCAGGCCCACCUGGCCUGCCUGCUGGAGACCAAGGUGAAAGGAGAGGCCUGCCCGGCGAGAUGGGACCCAAAGGCUUCACUGGAGAGCCGGGCUUCCCUGCACGUGUGUGGGGCCCACCGGGUGCUGAUGGAAUACCAGGUCAACAAGGACCCCCUGGGCCUCCUGGGCCACCAGGACCAGAUGGCUUCCUGUUCGGCCUGAAAGGAGCCCAAGGCAGCAGGGGCUACGAGGGGCAUGCCGGCUACCCAGGGAUGCGAGGGCAGAAGGGACGGAAAGGUGACGCUGGGGACUGCAAAUGUGCAGCAGGUGACCAGUUCAUCAGUCUUCCGGGGCUGCCAGGACUCAAGGGUUUCCCUGGUGCCAAUGGCGAGCCAGGCAGAAAAGGGGAGCCAGGAGACCCCGGCCCGCAUGGCAUCCCUGGGUUCCCAGGGUUCAAGGGUUCCCCAGGCAGUGUCGGAGCCCCAGGGCCCAAGGGAGCAAAAGGCGAUGCCAGGACAGUCACCACCAAAGGGGAGAAGGGACAGCCUGGCAUCCCCGGCAUGCCUGGCCUGAAAGGUGACGAUGGGAUCCCUGGUCGUGAUGGGCUGGACGGCUUUCCCGGCCUUCCCGGUCCUCCCGGUGAUGGCAUCAAAGGGCCUCCAGGAGACGCUGGUUACCCAGGAGCUCCUGGAACCAAGGGCCUCCCAGGAGAGAUGGGGCCCCCAGGACUGGGCCUGCCAGGCCGGAAGGGCCAACAAGGUUUCCCUGGAGAUGCAGGGUUCCCUGGGCCCCAGGGCUUUCAGGGUCCUCCCGGCCCCCCGGGCAGCCCAGGAGACACAGACUGCGAUACAGGUGUGAAAAGGCCCAUUGGAGGUGACGGGCAGGAGUCCGUGCAGCCGGGUUGUGUUGGAGGCCCCCGGGGAUCACCAGGCCUGCCUGGCCCUCCUGGUGCCCCAGGUGACAAAGGCGCCAGAGGGAUCCCUGGAUUCACAGGACAGGAUGGACCACAAGGCCUCAAGGGCAUCCCUGGAGACCCAGGCCGCCAAGGGUCACCGGGGCCCCCAGGGUUCAUAGGACCCCGAGGAUCCAAAGGUGCUGUGGGCCUCCCUGGUCCAGAAGGACUCCAGGGCCCUAAUGGCCUCCCAGGCCCUGCAGGGCCCCCUGGAGACAGGGGCAUUCCUGGAGAGGUGCUAGGGGCCCAGCCCGGGCCCCGGGGGGACGCUGGGCUGCCUGGAUACCCCGGCCUGAAAGGUGCCCCUGGAGAGCGAGGACCCCCUGGAUUUAGAGGGAGCCAGGGGAUGCCCGGGAUGCCAGGGCUGAAGGGCCAGGUGGGCUUCCCCGGACCCUCGGGCCAGCCAGGACUGCCUGGACCUCCAGGACAGCAUGGAUUCCCAGGAGCUCCUGGCCCAGAAGGGCCUCUGGGACUGCCCGGAACACCAGGCAGGGAAGGUCUGCCAGGGGACAGGGGUGACCGUGGCGACACAGGUGCCCCAGGCCCUGUGGGGAUGAAAGGUCUCGCUGGUGACAGAGGUGACGCUGGUGCAGCGGGUGACCGAGGCCAGCCAGGAACGCCCGGCUUUAAAGGAAUGAGCGGGAUGCCUGGCAGCCCCGGGCCAAAAGGGGACAGAGGCUCGCCGGGCAUGGAAGGCUUCCAGGGCAUGGUCGGGCUCAAAGGAAGGCCGGGACUCCCAGGCACCAAGGGCGAGGCCGGGCUCUUCGGGCUGCCCGGUGUGAGGGGUCCGCCUGGCCAGCCCGGCGGGAAAGGUACCCGCGGGGACCCAGGUCCCCCAGGACCCCCUCCCGUCAUCCUGCCCGGGAUGAAGCACAUUAAGGGAGAGAAAGGCGACGAAGGGCCCAUGGGGCUGAAAGGGCACCUGGGCUUGAAAGGUGUCCAGGGCAUGCCAGGUAUCCCGGGGCAGGCAGGAAUCCCGGGGCUUCCUGGAAGGCCUGGCCACAUCAAAGGAAUCAAAGGUGACAUCGGCCUGCCUGGCUCACCUGGCCAGCCAGGCUUCCCCGGCGUGGUCGGCCCACCGGGGAUCAUCGGCUUUCCGGGCUUCACAGGCAGCCGGGGGGACAAGGGUGCUCCAGGAAGAAUAGGCCUGUUCGGUGAGGUCGGCCAGCCUGGGGACCUUGGUGACACAGGGGACACAAUCAAUUUACCAGGAAGCCCAGGCCUGAAGGGAGAGCGUGGCGCCAUAGGGACUCCAGGUCUGAAGGGAUUCUUCGGAGAGAGAGGAGCCCAGGGCGAGGUCGGCUUCCCUGGCAUCACGGGUCUGGCCGGACCCCAGGGCCCCCCCGGACUCAAAGGACAGCCAGGCUUCCCGGGACUGACAGGGGUGCAGGGGCCACAAGGGGACCCUGGUCGAAUUGGAUUCCCUGGAGAGAAAGGAGACGAUGGCUGGCCCGGCAUACCCGGCUUGCCAGGUUUCCCGGGACAGCGUGGCAUCAGCGGACUACACGGCCUGCCUGGCCCUAAGGGCUCCCCUGGCUCCCCAGGUGCGGACAUGCCUGGAGACCCAGGCUUUCCUGGCCCUGCUGGGGACAGAGGUGACCCUGGGGAGCCCAACACCUUCCCCGGCCCCACAGGAGUACCUGGACAGAAGGGGGCACAAGGAGCUCCAGGGGAUCGAGGCCCAGCCGGGAGACCCGGAAUGCAAGGUUUCCCCGGUAUCAGCCCAUCGUCCAACAUCUCUGGGCUGCCAGGGGAUGCUGGCUCGCCUGGGAUUUUUGGCCUGAAAGGUUACCCAGGGCCCCAGGGUCCCCCCGGCCCAGCUGCCCUGCCUGGAAGCAAAGGAGACACUGGCAAUGCCGGAGCCCCAGGCGUCCCAGGCCCCAAAGGAUGGGCUGGGGACCUGGGGCCCCAGGGCCGCCCAGGCGUGUUCGGUGUCCCAGGAGAGAAAGGGCCCAGGGGUGAACCCGGACUCAUGGGCAGCAUUGGACCUACUGGAGCUGUGGGUGACAGAGGCCCCAAGGGGCCCAAAGGAGAUCAGGGCUUCCCCGGAGCCCCUGGUUCUGUGGGGUCCCCCGGGAUUGCUGGAAUCCCCCAGAGGAUCUUGGCUCCAGCUGGUGCAAUGGGGCCACAGGGCAGGAGGGGUCCUCCCGGGGCUCAGGGCGAGAUGGGGCCCCAGGGUCCCCCUGGAGAACCAGGUUUCCGUGGGGCACCAGGGAAGCCCGGACUCCAGGGACGUGGCGGUGUGUCUGCUUUGCCUGGGUUCCGGGGAGACCCAGGGCCCGUGGGCCACCAGGGCCCGAUUGGCCAAGAAGGGGAGCCCGGCCGCCCAGGGAGCCCAGGGCUGCCUGGCAUGCCUGGCCGCAGCGUCAGCAUCGGCUACCUGCUGGUGAAGCACAGCCAGACGGAGCAGGAGCCCAUGUGCCCAGUGGGCAUGAACAAGCUGUGGAGCGGCUACAGCCUGCUGUACUUCGAGGGCCAGGAGAAGGCGCACAACCAGGACCUGGGGCUGGCUGGCUCCUGCCUGGCUCGCUUCAGCACCAUGCCCUUCCUCUACUGCAACCCGGGUGACGUCUGCUACUACGCCAGCCGCAAUGACAAGUCCUACUGGCUGUCCACCACUGCCCCGCUGCCCAUGAUGCCCGUGGCUGAGGAGGACAUCAGGCCCUACAUCAGCCGCUGCUCCGUGUGUGAGGCCCCAGCCGUGGCCAUCGCGGUGCACAGCCAGGACGUGUCCAUCCCCCACUGCCCGGCUGGCUGGCGCAGCCUAUGGAUCGGAUACUCCUUCCUCAUGCACACGGCCGCAGGGGACGAGGGUGGCGGCCAGUCCCUGGUGUCGCCGGGCAGCUGCCUGGAGGACUUCAGGGCCACGCCAUUCAUUGAGUGCAACGGCGCCCGAGGGACCUGCCACUACUUCGCCAACAAGUACAGCUUCUGGCUGACCACCAUCCCCGAGGCCAGCUUCCAGGGCUCGCCCUCAGCUGACACGCUCAAGGCCGGCCUCAUCCGCACGCACAUCAGCCGCUGCCAGGUGUGCAUGAAGAACUUGUGAGGGCCGAGCGGGCGGCCGGCGUGGUGCUCACCCCUUUCCUAGGACGCUGGCCCCGGCCCGGCCCCUCCCCUCCAAGCCACACCCGCCAGAGGAGCAGGACACUGCAGGACCAGGUGUGGCUCCCACCUCCGAGUCCCCGCACCACGGGCAGCUGUGACCUCCUCACCUCCACCGCUGCCUGGGCCACGGACUCGCCUGGCCUGGGGUCCCCGGGCCCUGCAGAGGUGGCGUGAGCUGUGUCCGGGAUUCUCCAAGCUGUGCCAAUGUGCAUACUUCUGGUGCUCACACCUCACACCUGACAGUGGGGGCCCAGGGAAGUGGUGCCCCUCCUGCGUGCACCUGGCCCCCACCCCGUCCCCUGCAGCCAGCUGCUCCCCUCUGCCCCUCCCGUAUAACAGCCUUAAAAUAAAAAUUGGUUUUAAACAUUUCUAAA